UUUGUUACUUUUGUCAAAGUGAAAUCUAGUUUUGCGCUGUUUAUUUAUUGAGUGAAAACUACAUAAAUAUUUUGCAAAUUUAUUUGCUAAUAAGUAUUAAAAACAUAACGUAAUAGAAUUAAAAUCAUCCAAGGAGAACACUACGAAACAAACGACUGACGACUUUUCUAAAGUCAGACGCGUGUGUAGAAAAAGGCGUUUUCCCCUUUGAAAUAGAAAAUAAAUUCAAUAGAAAUAAAGAACAAUAUAAUAAAAAAAAAAAUUAUAAUAAAUCGUAAAAAUAAAUACGCAAUAAAAAUAACAAAAAUUUAUGUUUUUUUUUGUUGUAUUUGUGUCUUGUUUGUGCUAAGUUAAAGAAAAUUGUUUAAACAAAUACAUAAAAUAAUAAUAAAGCUGAAAAAAUAACUAACAAAUAAAAUUAAGAAGAAUAAGCAUAAAUUUCUUUGUACGUUGCAUAAAUAAAUAAAUGCAUCGUCGUCGCAAUGUCCACAACAACCGAAGUGACGCAGAAGGAUUUGCACGAUUUGUUAGAAAUUUUCGAAAGAAAAGCAUUCGAUGCUGGCUCAUGUGAGGAAGGGACUUUGGAAGAAGAAAUAACAAAAAAAUGCGAAUACCUAUUUAAACAAGACUAUACACUCAUCGAACUCGAUAAUACCAAUGGGGUCUUAAGUCCACGAUAUCCGGGUCGUAUUUUUAUACCCGAAUACGAACACGGCCAUAUGGCAUCCACCAUAACGGCCAACAAUACAAGUAUAUUUAAUCCAACGACAACAAAUACAACGCCACAAAAUAGCACCAUCGUCAAUGGUUUCCAUCACAAUGCAACAGGUUCCAAUGGUUCUAGUAGUACAACAUCAAACACUAACAGCGGUAUACAUGCCUUUGUAACAUUUGCCAAUUCGUCAAUGCACCCAAAUCAACAGCAACCGCCACAACCACCCCAAUAUCCAAGUUCUCAAACCUUUUUACAAUAUCAACAGCAAUUGCUACAGCAAACAUCGCCUGCAACUGUUGCGGCCACAAAUGUCUUGACCAAUACCGCCACCAGCACUAUUUACGAAGAUCUAUAUGAUGUUAAUAAAAUACGAGAACUGAUUACUAUGGCAAAAUAUGCGCGAUGCCGUCAACGUUUUUCCGUUCCAGUCAUUAUGUAUCGUGGCAAAUAUAUUUGUCGUUCGGCUACAAUAUCUGUUAAUGCCGAAACGUAUGGUCGCAAAGUUGUUGAUUAUGCGUAUGACUGUCUGAAUGGUACGAACUAUAGUGAGCGGGGGAAUCAUAUUGUUGACGAUGAAAAUAAUGAUAAUAAUGAAGAUUCGUUAAUGAAUCAUGCCUUAAAUGAGCCAUCACCGUUUUCGUACGAAGAGGUAAUCAAAAGUGAUAUACAACUGCUGAAUGCCUUGAAUGUCAGCACAAUCAUUGAUCUUAUGGUGGAGAAGAGAAAAAUUAAAUAUUUUAUGGCUGUUUCCUCAUCCGAAAAGGCUGACCCGGAAAAUCACUAUGAAAACUUUAAUCUACUGUCACUGCCCUAUCCGGGUUGUGAAUUUUUUAAGAAAUUUCGUGACAAUAAUUAUAUGGCCAAGAACUUAUUCUAUAAUUGGAAACUAUCGUUUAAUGACGCUAAUAUAUCUGUACCCAAAUUGGGUCCCACAACCGAUUUAAAUAUCAAUUGGAACGAGUAUAAAAAUUGGGAUUUGGUUCUAAUAACACAAAAUUACCUAAAAACCUGCCUAAAGUAUAUACAAGAAGAGAAGUCCGGCCUACUGAUACACUGCAUUAGCGGUUGGGAUCGUACACCAUUGUUUAUAUCACUGGUGCGCCUAUCACUGUGGGCCGAUGGUCUCAUCCAUCAAUCGCUGAAUGCGUUUCAAAUGGCAUAUUUUACAUUGGCCUACGAUUGGUAUUUAUUUGGACAUCAGUUGCCGGAUCGUUUGAAAAGAGGAGAAGACAUAAUGUUUUUCUGUUUUCAUGUGCUUAAAUACAUAACCGAUGAAGAAUUUAGUAUUGUAGAACAUAGGAAACGUACUAAAACAUCUAGUAGUAGUGGAAGUAGUGUUAUUAUUAUUAAGUCUGAUUGCGGUGAUGAGGAACCACUUAAAGAAGACUUUAUUUUAAGUUACGAUCAAGACAGCAACGAUAGUUUUUCCAAUAGUUCCAACUGUGAUAUGUCCAUAACGGAUAAUUUCUAUGCAACCGCAACUGCAACCGCAAACGCAGCGACAACAGUAACAGCACAAGCUUCUUGCAAUAAUAUUGUGGGUGUUAAUUCUUUAACAAAUCGUUCGCCCAAUCCAAAAAGAUCAAAAACUAGUCCCAUUACAGUGCCAGGUGCUAGUGCCACACGUCAAAGGCAAGAAUCGACAUCAUCGAACGGUAGCUGGCAAGUGGUUACCGAUACCGGUUCCAUAGACUCCAUGAUGAAUGGCAGUUAUAUGAUGCGUUUUAUAUCACAACAGCAGCAAGAUGCCAAUUCUCUAACAUCCAACAACAGUGGAAAUGGUCUAGGCAAUGGCAGUAGUACUAGUGUUAACAAUGGCAGUGGUAAUAAUUCCUCAAAUACUCCCAGUAACGGUUCAAAUGCUAGUGGAGGCAGUAUAAAUAAUGGUGCCCUUAACUAUGUAACAAAUAGUAUAAAUGGAAAAGAUAUUUUGCCUUCAAACAAAACCACAUUAUUACGUAAACAACGUUUAAAUGCUGUACGCGCCAUAUUUAUACAAGCCUAUGGAAAAACAGUGGGCCUUAAAUUUAAAGAAGGUUCAGCCAUGAAUUUAGCCACAUUUGUAGGUACUCUAGCCGAUCAAUUGUUUUAAUUGUAACUUUAUUUAAAGUUUUUGAGUAUUUAUUUGUUGUACCUCCCUAAUUAACUACCGUUCCUGCAAAAAUACAUACAAUUAAUUAUUUUCUUUCUGUAUUGUUUGUGUUUAGGUUUAUUUUUUAUUUUAAUUUUUUUUGCUAUUGGUUUUAUUAAUGUUAUACACUACACAUAUUUAUGUUUAUUUAUAAUAUUGUAUGAUAAAAAAAAUAGUUCGAAAGAGAGAGAGCGAGAGUGAGAUAGAGAAACAAACUAUUUAAAUAUAUAAGAAAAACAACGUUUAUUAAAAUCUAAAAUUGUAUUAAAAUAAGAAAAACCAUAACAUAAAUCAUAUUAACAACUAAAAUAACAAAUAGGCGAAAGAAAAUAAAACAAUUGAAAUUCUAUACACUCUUUUUUUUAAGUAAAUCUAAUAAAUUUUUUUAAUAUUUAUUAAAGGCCUGAAUUUGUAAAACGAAACCUAAAACAAUUUUAUCAAAGAUACUGGCAAUUUUUUAAUUUUUUUCAUAAAUAUUUUUUUGAACGUUUUGAGUUUCAUUUUAAAAAAUAAGGCCUUAAAAUUUUACAAAAAUAAAUUCGUUUUUAUACACAAUUUUGAAAAAAAA